ACACAAGUGGAAGUGGCCCAACAAUGAUUAUAGUCAAGUGGUCAACAAGCAUCUACUGCACUUUAAAAGUGGUAUAUGGUUCUUCUUUGCUAAAGGAAACAACCACCAAAAUUCAAUGUGUGGAUAGCCUUUGAUAUGCCAUAUUCAUCCACAAACAAAGAAAUGGUCACCCCAUUUGCGAAUCUAUACUUAAUACAAUCCCUUCUACAUUCCCCAAUAAUCCCAACAAAUUCGUACUUCUCUCUUCAUUCCAACCCCAAAAUACCCCAUUUUUCCAAACAAAGCUUCAAUCUUGGUACAAAAAAUCAUGUCUUUAACCAUUAGAUUACACAUUUCAAACUACCCAAGUUAUUUUUCUCAACCCAAAUUACAAAAUCCCACCAAAAAUCUCCCUAAUUGCAUAUACCAAACAAACCCAUUAAGACCCCUUGUUGUUUUUCCUAAGAAAAUGUCAUCAAUGUCUACCUCUCAAACACAAAACUCAACUAUGGUUAUCAAAAGUUCUUUGAUUGACCCAGAUGGGGGUUCAUUGGUUGAUCUUUUGGUGCCUGAAAUUGGGAGAAAUUUGAAGGUUGUAGAGGCUGAAUCAUUGCCUAAAGUUAGUUUAACAAAGAUUGAUUUAGAAUGGGUUCAUGUUCUUAGUGAAGGAUGGGCUAGUCCUCUAAAAGGAUUUAUGAGAGAAAAUGAAUAUUUGCAAAGUUUGCAUUUUAAUUCUUUGAGAAUGCAAGAUGGGUCUAUUGUAAAUAUGUCAUUACCCAUUGUUUUGGCCAUUGAUGAUCAAACAAAAGAGCAAAUUGGUUCUUCAUCUAAUGUUUCUUUGGUUGGCCCUAAUGGAGAUUUAGUUGCCAUUUUAAGAAGCAUUGAGAUUUACAAACACAAUAAGGAGGAAAGAAUAGCAAGAACUUGGGGAACAACGGCUCCAGGGUUGCCCUAUGUUGAGGAGGUAAUUACGCCUGCUGGAAAUUGGCUCAUAGGCGGAGACCUGGAAGUACUAAAAGAAAUUAAAUACAAUGAUGGUCUUGAUCACUACAGGAUUUCUCCUAAAGCUCUCCGUAAGGAGUUUGAUAGACGUGAAGCCGAUGCAGUUUUUGCCUUUCAACUUAGAAAUCCAGUUCAUAAUGGGCAUGCAUUGUUGAUGAAUGAUACACGUAGAAGGCUGUUGGAUAUGGGGUACAAGAACCCAAUUCUCUUGUUGCAUCCUUUGGGAGGUUUCACAAAGGCUGAUGAUGUGCCCUUGGAUGUCCGAAUGGAGCAACAUAGCAAGGUUUUAGAAGAUGGAGUUCUUGAUCCCGAGACUACUGUUGUGUCCAUUUUCCCAUCUCCCAUGCAUUACGCUGGUCCAACUGAAGUACAGUGGCACGCCAAAGCACGGAUUAAUGCUGGCGCUAAUUUUUACAUUGUGGGUCGUGAUCCUGCCGGUAUGGGUCACCCAACAGAGAAGAGAGAUCUCUAUGAUCCUGAUCACGGAAAGAAAGUGUUGAGCAUGGCACCUGGACUCGAGAAGUUGAACAUUCUACCUUUCAGGGUAGCAGCAUAUGAUACUGUUGCAAAGAAAAUGUCGUUCUUUGAACCUUCUCGUGCAAAAGAUUUCCUCUUCAUUUCUGGAACCAAGAUGCGAACUUUUGCACGAACGGGAGAGAACCCGCCUGAUGGUUUUAUGUGCCCUGGAGGAUGGAAGGUAUUGGUCAAUUAUUACGCGAGUCUACAAGAAGAGGAAUCUAAGCAGCCUGCUACCAUAUCUGCGUAGAUGCGUCAAAUGUUACCGCCUUAACAACACUGCUCGAACCAUAAAAGGCUUUCUUGUUGAUUAAGCUAGCGUAGGUUGUUGAGAAAUCCUCUGCUCGGAGACUAGCUCGGCUUUUGCAUGUGUUGUUCUUCAAUGCUGAUUGAUAUUUGAUUUUGAUUUAAUUGUUAAUUUUUUUGAUGUAUUUUAAUUUUACUAGAGAUAUCAAUUAUUGAGAUUGGUUGUUGGCAUUCCAUUUUUAUUUUUGUUGUUCGAUAAAGUCGAUGAUUAUAGGGGUGUUUGGUAAUCGUCGUUGUAGUUGGCUUCUUCAAUCAACUUUUUGAGUUUAGCUUAAUAGUGAACUAUUUAACGAGCUUAAAAGUCAUUUACUAAACUCAUUUUUGUACAGUUUCACCAGCAAUAAGUUAAAAGUUAAUAUUCACAAUAUCAAUAACAAUAUACUCUCUCCU